UACCCUGAAUUUGUAACGUGGGAUAUCAUAUCGAUUGAUCAACGUUCCACCAGGCUUUCUACUCCGUGGAUACUUCUUGCAUUAACCAAUCUCAUAAUUUCAAAAGAUCAUCCCGUUACUCCCGAUACUCUGGGUAUCUGCUAACACGUCCGUAGCCUACAACAAUGGAUCUUUUGUGGCAACACUGUAGUGUCACUGAGCCAAAACGCGUCAGCGUGUCCCCCAAGCCCAAAUGCGCUUUCAUCCUUCAAUCUGGGACAGGAGAAUCUUUUGUGCGCGCCCAGAGUCCGGCCAGGGUCACCAUGGAAACAAGCUUCAGCGCAAUAGAUAGUCCUCUGCUCGCGAAAGGGUAACGGACAAAGUUUGGACGAUGCUAUGUGUGUCUUAGAAUUCCUGGCGCCUUCUUUCUAAUUUUGCUCACUUGCUUUGGCAAUGUUAACUAAUGUUCAUAAUGGCAGUAAACUCUACAAGUGAAAUAACCCUUGUUAUAAAUGUUGUUGAUGAAGCAAGGAAUAAUCAAAAUAUCCAUCACCAACAUUCCUUACAAGACUAAAAGUGAUUAAGACAUUGCAAAUUACACCGAUAUUUUAGAGGCUUUCUGUUGUACUGUACAGCUGGCUGUCGGCUUUAAAACAACAUUGCCAUCAUGCGGACAGUAGACAUCAUUGCCCUAACAAACGACAUGCUUCAAAACGAUUGGCUGUUGUCUUUUUGAGUCAUUUCCUGCAUAUGACUUUCCCCGGGAAGCUGAUUUGGCGCGGAAUCUUCGGUUGUGUUUUUAUGUACUGAGAGCGAGCUGAAGGUUAUCAAAAAAAUUCAGGAUUAAAAAAAUCAAUGGCUCCGGUUUCUAACCCAGAGAAAGAUGUGGACAACCCGGACGGCGGGGAUGACUGUGGCCUCGCAGUGGGUCGUUCUCGGAGGGAGAAAAAGGAGAAGACCGGGAGAAAGUCCGCUCUGGAACAGCUGAAGAAAGCUAAGAGGGGGGAGAAAGUCAAAUAUGAGGUUGAGGAUCUGACCCGUGUGUACGAGGAGGUGGACGAGGAGCAGUACUCCCGUAUGGUGAGGGAGCGGCAGGACGAUGACUGGAUCAUUGAUGACGAUGGCACCGGGUAUGUUGAGGACGGGAGGGAGAUAUUUGAUGAGGAUUUGGGGGAUGACGUUUUGGAGAAAAGCACCAAAGGUAAAGCAGGUGCAAUAGGAUCCGACUCGAAGAAGAACAAUAAGAAAUCUGCAGUGGCCAAACCCAACAGCAUCAAGAGCCUCUUCAUGAACAGCAAUGUCAAGAAACCUGCUGAGAAAGAUGUGGACCUGUCCAAAGAUGACCUGCUGGGGGACAUUCUUCAGGACCUCCACUCUGAGAGGCCGUUGUCCAUGACCCCCCCUCCGGUCAUCACUCUGAAGAAGAAGAAAGUCCUUGGAACUCCCAUGAAUCCGUUCUCCAUCAAACCCCAAACGCCAAAGGAGUCACCCUCUACCCAGGUGACAAAGGUUAAACGGCCUCCUCCUGGUGUGCUGACCCCUCUGGAGCCUUCCCGACCCCUGACCUCCAGACCGUCUGAUCCGGUGGAGAAGAAGAGGGUGACUGAAGAUGUUGUGGAGGAGGAAAACCCUCUCCAGUUUGACGGAGUGGACUUCGAUGAGCCGAUGGACUUGGGUGUUGAACAAGAAGACGAGGAGCUUGUGAAGGAGGAGGAGCUAGAGAGUAGCUCUUCUGUUAAAGUUGAACCCAAAGAAGAAGCGCCGGACCCAGUCUUGAUGAGGGGGGGGCUUGGGGGGUCUUGGGGUCAGGAGGAGGAGGGGGGCGACGAGACCCAUGUGGAGGUGCAGGUCGACUCCAGCAGUCUCCCGACGGUUGAAGGGCCGGAUGGAGAACUCAUGUUCCGCUUCUAUUGGCUGGACGCCUUUGAGGACCAGUACAGCCAACCAGGUGUGGUGUACCUGUUCGGUAAGGUGUGGAUUGAGUCUGCCCAGGACCACGUAAGCUGCUGUGUGUCGGUGAAGAACAUCGAGAGGACCAUGUAUUUCCUUCCCCGCGAACGUAAGGUGAACACGAAGACAGGCGAGGAGUCAGACACUCCGGUGGGGAUGAUGGACGUUUAUCAGGAGUUCAACGACCUCUCGGAGAAGUUCAAGAUCAUGAAGUUCAAGUCCAAGAAAGUGCAGAAGAGCUACGCCUUUGAGAUCGCUGAUAUCCCUACAGAGUCAGAAUACCUAGAAGUCAGAUACUCUGCUGAGUAUCCAUCUCUGCCCUCCGACCUGAAGGGGGCGACGUUCUCCAAAAUUUUUGGAACCAACACCUCCAGCCUUGAACAUCUUCUUCUCAGCAGGAAAAUCAAAGGACCGUGCUGGCUAGACAUCCAGACCCCACAGCUGACCGGCCAGCCUGUGAGUUGGUGUAAGGUGGAAGCGGUGGCGUUGCGGAGUGACCUGGUCACCGUGGUGAAGGACCUGCCCCCGCCGCCACUCACCGUCAUGUCCAUCAGCCUGAAGACCGUCCAGAACACCAAGACGCACCACAACGAGAUUGUGUCCCUGGCUGCUUUGGUCCACCACCGUUUCCACCUGGACAAGGCCCCCCCUCGACCCCCCUACCAGACACACUUCUGUGUGGUCAGUAAACCCAACGACUGUAUCUUUCCUUAUGACUUCAAGGAGGCUGUGAAGAAGAAGAAUGGGAAGGUAGAGAUUGCAGCCACUGAGAGGACACUGCUGGGGUUCUUCCUGGCCAAGAUGCACAAAAUUGACCCUGAUGUGAUUGUGGGUCAUGACAUCUUUGGCUUUGACCUGGAAGUGCUCCUUCAGAGGAUCACCGUCUGCAAAGUCCCCCACUGGUCCAAGAUGGGACGCCUCAGGAGAAUAACCAUGCCCAAGCUAGGGGGUCGCAGUGGGUUUGCUGAGAAGAGCGCCACCUGUGGCCGUCUGGUGUGUGACGUGGAGAUCUCGGCCAAGGAGCUGAUUCGCUGCAAGAGCUACCACCUGACUGAGCUGGCCUCUCAGGUGCUGAAGACCGAGAGAGCCACGGUACCUGCGGAGCACAUAAAAAAUCUCUACAGUGAUUCUCCUCACCUGUUGUACCUGCUGGAGUUGACCUGGACGGACGCCAAGCUGAUCCUCCAGAUAAUGUGUGAGCUCAACGUGCUGCCUCUCGCCCUGCAGAUCACCAACGUAGCGGGGAAUGUCCUGUCCCGGACUCUGAUGGGGGGGCGUUCUGAGAGGAAUGAGUAUCUGCUGCUCCAUGCCUUCCAUGACAAGAACUACAUCGUACCUGACAAACCCAGUUUCAAGAAGGCCCAGCAAGAACAGGUGGAUGGUGAGGAAGAGGGAGACUUGGGUAAAGGGAAGAGCAGAAGGAAGAAGGCAGCUUAUGCAGGUGGAUUGGUACUGGAUCCCAAAGUGGGCUUCUACGAUAAGUUUGUGCUGCUACUGGACUUCAACAGUCUGUAUCCGUCCAUCAUCCAAGAAUUCAACAUCUGCUUCACCACUGUACAGAGACAGGCCCACAACACGCAUAAGAAGACUGAGGACGACGACCCCGAUGAGAUUCCGGAGGUUCCGGAUGUGGACCUGGAGAUGGGCAUCCUGCCUAAAGAGAUCCGGAAGUUGGUGGAACGACGUAAACAAGUGAAACAGCUGAUGAAAGCACAAGACCUCAACCCUGACCUCUACCUCCAGUAUGACAUCCGUCAGAAGGCUCUUAAGCUAACCGCUAACAGUAUGUACGGCUGUCUGGGGUUCAGCUUCAGCCGCUUCUACGCCAAGCCACUGGCCGCGCUCGUCACACACAAGGGCAGAGAGAUCCUGAUGCACACUAAAGACAUGGUCCAGAAAAUGAACCUGGAAGUGAUCUACGGUGACACAGACUCCAUCAUGAUCAACACGAACAGCUCCAGCCUGGAGGAGGUCUACAAACUGGGGAACAAGGUGAAGGCCGAGGUGAACAAGCUCUACAAGCUCCUGGAGAUUGACAUUGAUGGGGUGUUCAAGUCCCUGCUCCUGCUGAAGAAGAAGAAGUACGCCGCCCUGGUGGUGGAGCCGCACGCGGACGGCCGCUACAGCACCAAGCAGGAGCUCAAAGGCCUGGACAUCGUGAGGAGGGACUGGUGUGACCUGGCCAAGGACUGUGGCAACUAUGUGAUUGGUCAGAUCUUGUCAGACCAGAACCGGGACGUCAUUGUGGAGAACAUCCAGAAUCACCUGGUGGAGUUGGGAGAAAAGGUUGCUAACGGGAGCAUCCCGCUCAACCAGUUCCAGAUACACAAAGCCCUGACUAAAGACCCCCAGGACUAUCCAGACAGGAAGUCUCUUCCUCACGUCCACGUGGCCCUCUGGAUCAACUCUCAGAGCGGACGGAAGGUCAAGGCCGGGGACACCAUCUCAUACAUUAUCUGCCAGGAUGGUUCUACUUUGCCGGCGAGUCAACGGGCCUAUGCCUUGGAACAGCUCCAGAAGCAGGCUGGCCUGAGCCUGGACACCCAGUACUACCUAGCCCAGCAAGUGCACCCUGUGGUGGGCAGGAUCUGUGAGCCCAUCGAAGGCAUCGACGGAGUCCUUAUCGCUACAUGGCUGGGUCUGGACCCCAGUCAGUUCCGGGGCCAGCAGCAGAGCCAGAGGGAAGAGGAGGGAGAUGGAUUCUUGGGCGCUCCGGUGCAACUCACGGACGAGGAGAAAUACAAAGACUGCGAACGCUUCGAGUUCCCCUGUCCUCUCUGUGGCACGGACAAUGUCUACGACAAUGUGUUUGAGGGAGCGGGCCCGAGGGUGGAGCCGUCUCUGCUGCGAUGCUGUAACCCCUCUUGUGCGGGGCGGCCCCUGGACUACCCCAUUAACAUCAGCAACAAGCUGUCGCUGGACACCCGCAGGCACAUCAAGAAGUACUACAGCGGCUGGUUGGUCUGUGAGGAUCUGGCGUGUCAGAACCGAACCCGGAGGUUGCCGAUUUCCUUCUCCAGGUCUGGACCCAUAUGCCCAGCCUGCACCCGCUCCACCCUCAGACCAGAGUACUCCGAGAAGGCUCUCUACGUCCAGCUGUGCUACUACAGGUUUAUCUUCGACUGGGAGUAUGCCGUUGCCAAAGUACUGCAGACUGCGGAGGAGAGAGGGGCAGUGAAGGGAAGAUGGAAGGUGGAGCCAGAGGUCUACAGGAAGUUAAAAGACGUUCCUGACCGUGCCCUCGCUGCCAGUGGUUACUCUGAGGUCAACCUCUCCAAACUCUUCCAAGCCUUUACUUCUCUCAAGUAAACCCCACCUGACCCCCCACCCCCACCACCAAACACGUUUGGAAAUUGGCCAGUGGUGAUUACGUGACUGAGGUGUCCUAUCAGAGUGGAGUUUUGGGACAGUGAAGGCCCACCCCCUGGAUGUAACUUGGUUUCCAUUUUGAACCGGGUUCUCUCAUACAACGCAUUGUGUUUGAUGACGUUUUAAAAGUUUGCAUGUUUGAGGUGGACUUUGGCCUGGAUGCCAUGCUUGUGUAUCUCCUUCAUGCUGUGAAUCUGAUUUUGAAUGAGAUCAGGAUGAUCUGGUGUGUGAACCUUCAUAUGAAACUGGGACAUCAAGAUGAUGGAUUGGGGGGGGUGUCUAAUCGAGUGACACAGCGAGGUAAGUGACACAGCGACAGACAGCUGGGUUAGGGGGGAACCUGUGUUAACAGAGAGAUGCGCCAGAAUGUCCCCUCAGCGCUUAGACUCAUGCGAACACGCGCAAUAAGGCAGUGAUGCGAGGCCUGACCUGUGAGUCUGCAGAACUCCUGCUGAGGGUUGGGCACUCUUCAGAAUUACCCCAAUUGUGAGUGAGUGUGUUGGACAGAGUGAGUGGAAGGACUCAAGUUGGUUCUUUUUUUGAUCUUCUUGUUGAUUUCUUUAUCCCUUCGUUUAAGUAAUUACCUAUGUAAUUCUUUGUAAUUUUUCAUGUACAACUGAACUUUUUGUAUUUUUGUGAGUCAGCUUUUACAUACAUGGAAUGUGUUUUGUGAUACCCAACCUUAAAUAAA